AUUCGUUGUGCUACAAAUCGCGGAUAAGUUAGAGCGGAAAGUGAGCGAAACGAGUAAACGAACUUUGUAAAUACUUUCACCGACUAAAAGGAUGAGAGAAGUUCUAUAAAUUAUAGAGACAAUGAUGAGUUCUCAGAAUAUCUGCUUCUUUCUCACAUUUUCUUUGUGUUUGUGGUCGAGUUUGUCCAAAAUGAGAUGGUUCGUACUUGUAUUGUUUUCCAUAAAAGCUUUCGCUUUGUAUUAUUUCAGUAGUAGUUUUACAUUUCAAACUGUAUUAACUAAUUUCAAGCGCGUCAAAGAAUUUUAUCGAAACUGCGCAAAGUUUAUAAACUGCGUUCAUGAAAAAGUUUUAUGUCUUUUAAUUAAUUUUAAACUAUUGCGUUUGUUGGAAUCUAGGAAUGUUGUGGAUAAAAUGCAAUUGCUGAAAAACCAUGAAAUGUAUAUUCUCGGAACAACUCCAAUGUGCACGUAUAUCAAAGGUUUAUCACCUGGACAAGUGAAAAUGUGUCAGUUAUAUCAAGAUUACAUGCCGAGCGUUAAGCGAGGCGCAAUGAUGGGAAGAAAUGAAUGCCAGUGGCAAUUUCGAACGAGUCUUUGGAAUUGUUCGUCGAUCCAUGACGACGACGACAUAUUCGGAUCAGUAACGGACAUACCCAGCAGAGAAGCUGCGUUUACUCAUGCAAUAACUUCGGCGGGUAUCGCACAUACAGUUAGUAGAACUUGCGCAGAAGGAAGAUUAUCAAAAUGCCACUGUUCAGAAAGAGAAAGACCUAAGCAUCUAAAGAAUCAAUGGAUGUGGGGAGGUUGUGGAGAUAAUAUUGAUUUCGGAUACGACUUUGCUGUUGAGUUCAUAGAUAUUCGUGAGACGGAAAAGAACCAUCCUAGAAAAUCUAAGGAACUCUCACGCAUGCUCAUGAACGUUCAUAAUAAUGAAGCCGGAAGAUUGGCCGUAAAGAAUCACGUUAGAAUCGCCUGCAAAUGUCACGGAGUUUCAGGAUCAUGUAAUGUUAAAACUUGUUGGUUUCAAGUUGAACCUUUCCGAAGUAUCGGUGCUCGUUUAAAAGAGAGAUAUAAAUUUUCUACCCACAUGCGAUUCAAUAAACGUGGAACAAAACUAAUGCCUUCCCUUCCUUCCUUGCCGAAGCCGACAAAGGAACAUCUUGUCUACUUGCAGGAUUCACCUGACUACUGCGACACUGAUUUAUCUAAGGGAUCUUUAGGGACGACUGGAAGAAGGUGUAUAAAAGGCGACAAAGGAACAAGCGGGUGUCGAAAAAUGUGCUGUGGUAGAGGUUAUAAGAAAAAGUUGGUUAAAACAACUGUUAGAUGCAGGUGUAAAUUUCAAUGGUGUUGUUUCGUCAAAUGCGAUGAGUGCUCCAGGAUCAACACGGUCUAUGAAUGCAAAUAG